AUGCAUCUCUUUGGUGAGAGCGAGGUGCAAAAUUACGAUAUCCUGGCUAUCCAGGAACCCUACAUCAACAAACAUACCGACCCACUAACAACAUACUCACUAGCGCUCAAGGGCAGCUUCCAUAUCCUACUGCAGCCCACACCCAAGGAAGAAUACAAGAAACGCCCACGAGUCUGUUUCUACGUCAAUAGAGGGCUAGAUCCAGCCACAUGGGAGGUCCAAUACCAUAAUAGAGAUCUGAGCACAUUGACACUUCAUACAGCCGCCCAUGGAACCAUCCAUAUUCACAAUGUAUACAAUCCAGGAGUCAAUAGCAACGAGGAAUCUGUAAUUAGCGCCCUGCAAACCGCCAUGGCACCUAGGGCGCAGCAUAUUGUAUUGGGGGACUUCAACCGACAUCACCCGCUGUGGGCGGGCCCGCGGUACCGACACGUUGACGAGGAGGCACGAAUUGAUAAUCUUAUGGAUGAGCAUGGGCUCGAGCAGCUCUUGCCACCAGGCACGAUCACGUACGAGAGGGUUAACGCCAAAUCUACAAUUGAUCUGGUGUGGGCAUCGCACAAUCUAGCCAACCGGGUAGUGAGCUGCGACACCAAGCCAGAGUGGUGGUACGGAGCAGAUCAUGUCCCAAUCUCCACUCAAUUUGACCUUACAGCUAUACGUGUUCCUCCAUUGGUUCGCAAGCAGUGGAAUGCAACAGAUUGGGACCUCUUCCUUAAACUGAUGGACAUAUACAAUUGGCACCCAAGGGAGCUCAAUGACAAUGAGGCGAUCAAUGAGGCGAUCCGCUAUCUAGUUGAGGCAAUCAAUCAGGCAGCUGAGCAAGCGACACCUACAAAACAGAUCAGCAUCUACUCACGAGCGGGCUACACCCCAGAGAUGGCGAAGCUUAAACACCACGCAUGGGAGGACUACGCAGAGGCUAGGAAAGAGAUGAAACGGCGCACCAAUGAGCUCGCACGAGAUCUACAUCGCCAACGAAUUGAGCAGGCAACAGAGUCAAUAGAUGGAUUCUGGAGAAUUGCCCGUUGGGUCCGCAAUAGGGGCAAACCACGUGCCACGUUUACCCCAACGUUACACUACAAUAACACGAGUUACACAGCCCCAAAGGAGAAAGCAGCCCUAUUCCGAGAGCAACAUAUUGGAGGACGUCGCGGCCGCUCAUGCGAACUAGCAAUCCAUCUCUUACUAGAAGAGACCCAUAGUGCGUGGAGAGAGGGCUCACGAGUAGCCUCAGGGCUUGCACUUGACGCGGCAGGGGCUUUUGACAACGUCAAUCAUAUAAGGCUGAUACACGACCUACGAAAGCGCCAGGUGCCAGAUGACCUGAUUGGCUGGAUUGAGAGCUUUCUAAGCAAUCGCCGCACGUCAAUCACACUCCUAGAGGGCAAUAUGGGGGAAUUUCUAGUCAAUACAGGCAUUCCGCAGGGCUCCCCAUUGUCACCAAUCCUAUUCCUAUUCUUUAAUGCAGAUCUUAUUGAGCAGAUACUCGCCGAGUGCCCGGACGUGAUUGUACUUGGAUAUAUUGACGACAUCUUCAUCAUGACAUAUGGGACCUCCGCCGCAGCCAACUGCCACACACUCACCAAAGUACACCAGGUUGCAGAGCGCUGGGAGAGGACACAUGCCUCUAAAUUUGCGCCUGCCAAAUAUCAACUUACCCACUUUUGGCGGAAGCACCAAAUGGUGCCUAAGCCGAGUGGUAGGCUGGAUGUACCUCUCAUAAUCAAGGGAGUAGAAAUUAAGCCUACGGACUCAAUCAAAUAUCUAGGAGUUUAUCUGGAUACCCACCUCACUGGGGAAGUGCACGUACAGGAGAUGAGAAAGAAGGCUGCAAAACUGGUGGCGGGAUUAAGCUCAAUCGCAGGAUCGACAUGGGGAACGCCCCUGGUUCAUCUAAGGAAGAUAUACACGGCUGUCCUCCAACCACAGAUCAUGUACGCGUGCUCCACGUGGUAUAUACGAGGUGGAAGAGGGUUCACCGGUGCGCAGCGAGCUGCAGAGCAAGCCAUCCGAUCGAUCCAGGAUCAGGCUCUUCACCAGAUAUCCGGCGCGUUCAAACGUACGUCACGACAGGCCCUAGAGGUCUGUCUCCAUGUACCACCUGCAGAGCUCACGCUCGCAAAGCUGGCUGAGGAGGCCUGCCUGCGGAUCAUGACCUCACCACUUCGAUCUACGCUUUACCAAAUACGUGGCCAAGCCCACUGUAACGACCCAUACACGUCGCCACUUCAUCGAUUGGAAACAGCCAUCGACCGCAAACUGGGGAGUGAUACUAGCCAACGCAUCGAGACAAUCUACCCCUUUGUAGUGCCACCAUGGUGGGAGCCACUAGAAGCAAGGAUUGACAAUACCCGUGAGGAGGCUAUCAAGGCUAUUGAAGCAAUCUUAGGAACAGAUACAACAAUACAGUUCUUUACCGAUGGGAGCGGCUUUGACAAUGGGAUUGGGGCAGCGGUCUACUUAUCAAUAGGACAGGCUUAUAAGCCAGUAGGCUCAUCUGACACACAUACUGUUUAUGCAGGGGAACUGGAGGGAAUCGACGCGGCAUUGGAAAUCCUACUCCGAAGCCAGCCAUGCGACGACAACCCACACGAAGCCACAAUCUACACAGAUAAUCAAGCCGCAAUACGCGCCACGUGCCAGCCAGGGCGGUCCUCUGGGCAGUAUAUCCUUCGACGGAUCGUACGACACCUGGGCCUCCUACGCGACAACCGAUCUCGAUGGCGUGUACGACUACAGUGGGUGCCAGGCCACGAAGGGGUCCCAGGCAACGAGAAAGCAGACCAGCUGGCAAAGUUGGCUGCAGUCGAGGCGACACGGCGUACACAGGAGAACGCCCGCAUAGCCAGGAUCAGCGCACCCAAUCAGACUACACCACACGCCGCACGAAUGUCGUAUAUUCCAAAUCAGUCAACUAUCCUUAUGGCAGUGUGUCGCCAGAGGCUACAUGCAGGCUUUGCAAAGAGGUGGAAGGAACAGUGGGAGCAUGCCAACCAUGGACGGCAUCUCUAUCGGAUAAUCAAAGCACCAACGAAGAUGGUGUUGCAGCUGCACGAGGGAUUACGACGGGCUUGGAGUUCAGUGUUAAUCCAACUACAAACAGGUAAAUCAGCGCUACGCAGCUUCCUAGCGAGUGUACGGAUUGAAGACUCACCUCAAUGCGAAUGUGGCCUUGGGGAUCAGGAUACGGCCCACGUCCUCAUACGGUGUCCUACCCAUAUAAACCUGCGUAUGGAGACUCUCUGGAAAGAAGCACGCGAAACAGAUUAUCGGAAGCUCCUUAGCGAACCUCAGUGGGUUCGGCAGAGUAUUGAAUUUAUGAUGCGGACUGGUCUAUUGACGCAGUUCCAUCACGUAACCCCCUUAACAACCACGCGCUCACAGUGA